AUGAUUCCCAAGAUGUUUUUGCCUCUACUCAUUCUGAUCCUAGUGCUUAGUCUCAACCAGGCUGAAGCUCAAAGCGUGGGAUUGUGUCGAGGAGUGCCAUGUGCCAACGGUGGACGCCUCAUGGUAGACAACAGCGUGUGGGGACAUUGCCGCUGUCGUUGUCUAACUGGGUUUGUGGGUCCUUACUGCCAGUACCAGCUGACUGGAAAGAGACGUGUGAUUACUACCACCCUGGGUAACCCUCGGAGAAGGGUCCACAGGUCCCAGAGGUCGAAGCGGCUGGAACAGAUUAAACAACAGUUGUCUGAUCUGACACCUGAUGUGAUGUCUUCCUCAAACUCAGGGGAAAGUCUUCAGGACUCAACAAUGCCUUCUUUUCGCACCAGAGAUGAUUUGGACGUGAUCAGCAAAAUCUUAGAAGUUCAAAACUCAAUCGAUGAUUCCUAUAAACAUGACUCCACACUCGAUCCACUUUGGCUCCUGAAGAAUGUUAAAAGAUAA